AUAACCGGAAGUACUUCUCACUCCUUCCGGUUGACCUCUCGUGUUGAGGUGUCCUAAACUUGCUCAACUUUCGCCGGUUUAGCACCGAAUUAACUCUUUCUCGAGGUUUAAAAACCCUGCUGUGUAUUUCGUGUGACGUUUAGAUUAUAAAUCAAACUACUUACUAGGUUUAAUGUUAACACUCAUAGCGUGCGACCUUUUAAACACGUUCUAGUAACUUAUAGCUUUAGCUAAGCUAGCUCGGCUAACCUCCCCAUGGCCCCUCUCCGGGUCCUGUGUAUCCAUGGUUACCGUCAGAACAGCGUCUCGUUCCGGGAGAAGACCGGAGCGAUGCGGAAGCUCCUGAAGAAGCACGUGGAGCUGGUUUACCUGAGUGCGCCGCACAGUGUGAGGCAGGCCAGCAGUGAAGAUGCUCCAGAAAAAGAGAAUAAUUCAGGACCUCCUCCUGGAGGUGAUGAAGACCCUAAGGGCUGGUGGUUUUCUGACAUCCACGCUCGGAGUUUCAGCGCUCAGCAGCAGUGUGAGGAGAGCCUCGGCCUUGAAGACAGCGUGACGGCUGUGAGAGAAGUCGUGAAGGUCCAAGGUCCGUUUGAUGGCAUCCUCGGCUUCAGUCAGGGAGCGGCUUUUGUCGCCAUGCUGUGCUCUCUUCAGGAGCAAAAACUGGAGCCGGAUUUCAACUUCCGCUUUGCCAUCCUAGUCGCCGGUUUCCGCAGCGCCUGUAAUGAACACCAAAGGUUCUACAGUGCGCCCCUCCAGAUCCCCUCGCUGCAUGUGUUCGGACUGGAGGAUCGAGUGAUCCCAGACAACAUGAGCCGGGAGCUCCUCCCAUCGUUUCAGGAUGCCCAGGUUCUCACACAUCCUGGUGGCCAUUUUGUUCCUGCAGCAUCUGCUCACAGACAAAGCUACCAGGACUUUCUCAAGAGGUUUCAGUGAGGAGAGGAAGCCACAGGAACUCAGUCAAGGGGAAGGCUACAAUCAGAGAAGACUUGAGGACACAAACAUGACCGGGAAUGUUGAUUAUUUAUUGUUAAAAACAAUCAUGGGACAACUUAAUUGGAUCCAUGAGGCACUCUGGAUACAAUGCCAAACUUUUUUAUGGAAGAUCUGAUUUUAUUUAAUCCAUCCAAAGCAGUGAGUGCUGACCUACUCAGGGAAGACAUGAUAUAAACCCAAUAAAUAUAUUAAUGUUAUUAUA